AUGAUCAGCUCCCGCCCGACAGGUAUAACAUUUGAGGGCGAUUACCACCAUUUUACGAAGACCCCAGGCAAUAGAGUGCUGAAAUCACGAAGUGCACUCCAGGAAAAUGUCGGUCGCCACGUACCCGUCACAGUCGAUGGGAAAGCGAAGAAAGCUGCGGCGUUGCAACAAACUCCGUUUCACCUAAAUACCUUGCAACCACAGAAGAUCCUCAAAGGUCAUGAUGGAACAACCAAAUCCAAGGGAAAGGAACCAGUCAUACUUGCACCUUCUCGGCCUCUGGGGGACAAAACGCCCUUUCCCAACCGCAUUUCUAACCAUGCUACACCAUUGCAAAUGACAAAGCCUAUCUUUGAUGUCACCCCCGGUGCACUUCUUCGCCCAAGUUCCGCACGGAAACAUAUUAGACUUCCCCGCAGCGCCAGCAAGAGCUUUCAGACACCACUCACCGGUGGAAAUCACUGGGAUGUCAGUGAUAUAGACAUUAUUCCAGAGGUCGUAGCGGCGCCCAGUCAAUCGAUUGAAAAAGAAGACUACGAUGAAAUUGAGUACAUGCCUCCGAAGCUACCUGUAGAAAUGCCAUACGAGCCUCCGUUUGAACUUCCGGACUAUAAGGAAGUCGGGAGAGCGCUCCUCGCUCUUACCCACUCCUACCCGAUCGACGAUAUACCGACACAUCUUAUAAUCACGGAAUUCACGGCAGCUGAAUCUGACGACAAAUUCUUCGCCCUAAACGAGUUAUCUCUUCCCCAUCUCGAUGAUGAUAGUCCAUUCUCGCGGGUCAAUCCUGCACCGAAGCCUGUGCCCGAGGUGACUCGAGCUCCUUCGUCAUCGAAGAACAUUACUCGUCCAACCCAAAUUACGACGUUGAGAACUAUUCGCGCUGCAUCCACAGUAGCCCAUUCGACUCCGGCUGAUACCUCCCGUCCAAGAUCUGGCCCACAAGCCGUUUCUCGUUCUGCCGUCACGCGUCUAGGUAUGGCAACUUCGAAACCAGCGACCCGUCCAACAUCAAGUGCCGCUGUCAUGAGGGGACACACAUCUAGAACGCCCUCAAUGCGUGCCCCUUCGACAACUGUAUCUCGAGCGCCAUCUACUACCGUGAUGACGAGGACGCGUCCCGCAAGUGCAUUAGCCACUGGUACUGAGCCCCAAGCAGGUCCAGCAAGUGGGAAAUUUGGAACACAGCCGAAGGCAAGUGCACAUGUGAAGAGUAGUAUGUUGACGAAGAAUACAGUUCAAGGAAUCGGGAUUGUCUUUGGGGAUAGCUGGCAGGAAGAGGAAUUUAAGUUUAGCGUCUAG